GCUGAACCCAGUCGCCAGUUGAACAUUGUUUCCAAUAUGCAUUUCGGCUCUGUAUGAUUUUCUCUGAUGUGUGUGUGCGAGCGCAGGUACAUGUGUGUGUGCAUACUGUUGUCCAGUAGUGUGUGAGCCUGAGGUGCAGGAGGUGUUAAUUCCUACCUUCCCAGAGAGGGUAAGUGUGCAGAGAGGCUACAUCACCCCCCAGCAGGUAUAUAACCUGUUGAACGCAGAGGCUGGACAUCCCGCUCUACAUGAUCCGAAUUACAUCCUCAUCCUGGACUGUCGCAGUGCAGAGAGGUACAAGCAGAGUCAUCUGGUUACAGCCAGGGCUAGUGUGACAGUGAUCCACCCAGAUCUGGGCUGUCUGAUCAGCUGUGUGCAGCUCCAGGAGUUCUCUAUCAUAUUGUUGUACGCUGAGGAGGGCCACAGCCCAGUGGGCAGUUUGGAGGCCAGGGCAGCCUCCCCGUUCCUCCAGCGCUGCUUCUUCCAGCUCAGUGACCUGGGCAUGGACCCUGUCAUCCUCCUAGGGGGCUUCGCCGCCUUCCACACCCUCUACCCCUUCCUCUGCAACUCCCGCAUGGCUCUUCUAGAACCCGACAGGUACGCCCUCACCAUCUACCCCUCUGAGAUCCUGGAAGGGGAGCUCUACCAGGGCUCAGCUGCUCAGGCCUCUGACUACCACAUCCUUGAGAACCUUAACAUCACCCAUGUGGUCAACGCUACGGCUGAAUGCCCUGAUGCAUUUCCCAGCACCCUCAGCUACCUGAGGCUGCGGCUGAGCGAUGACGCCCAGCAGGACUUAGUGGAGGCGCUGCCCCAGGCUGCGAGGUUCAUCGCUGGAGCCCUGAGCAGCGAGGUUGGGGGUAGGGUGCUGGUGCACUGCAGCAUGGGGCGGAGCCGUAGCUCAGCGCUAACGCUAGCCUUCCUAAUGCAGCACCAGCGCUGGACACUGCUGCAUGCCAUCCGCUGGCUGAAGGAGAGGAGAGCAUGCACGGCGCCCAACGUGAACUUCCUGCGGCAGCUGUUGACCUACGAGGAGCAGCUGUUCGGACGAAGGCUUACCUCGCUGGACGACAUCCGCCUGUGAAGUUAUGUGGUUUGGGCAGUGCAGUUUCUGUGCAUAAUUCAUGGAGAGGGAGGUGGACUGUGGACAGAGCCCACUGUGAUUCAAAUAAUGCCGUUUUUAAAGACUCAUUGGGAGAGUUGUAUGACCUUGAUGGUCUUAAUAACUUUAAGCAGUUUGGUUUUCUUUGUCAUUGUUGCCCUAGGUCUAGGACUGUGUUUUAUUAAGGGUUAUUUGAGGGAUGAUGUUUUUUCAGAACACUAGGAUGCUGAUGUUGCAGCAUUAGAGUCAAUAAGGGGAGAGGAAGUGAAUAUAUUUGCAUCAGUGCUGAUACCAGCUUAUACAGAGGCCAUCUGUGUAUUCAAUGCUUGGUUAGAAACUUGUUCAGCUCUAAUAUUUUGUCUGGGACCUGGUAGAGCUACAAAUAAUAUAAACAUAUUUCCCUGUUCUCCUAUCA